GUGGCACUGCCAACCCUCUGCUGGCAGGCCUAGAGCACUACAUAGGGGCCAGUCCACCAGUAGUGGGCCUCAUGAAGAGCUGUGAUGGUGACCAAGUUUCUACUGAGAGAGCAUCACUGACCCAAGCCCACUUGUCUAGCAAAUCUCAGCAACAUGUUCCAUCCCUCAAUCCUUUGGCUGCCCAGAUGGAUUAUGAACUCCAGGAAGCUUUAAGGGAAUGUGAAGAUGAAAUGGCUGCUCUUGGCAUAUCCUCCCAUGCAGACACAUGGACUACAGGUGAUCUGGACAGGUGUUUCUCUGUAACCGUGCCUGAAAGUUAUGAGAAAAAUCAAACCGAGAAAACUGAAGUCAAAAAGGAUUUUGGUUCAUCUUCACAUAAACCUGCCAAAUUUCAUGAAGGUUGCCAUGGAAAUGAUGGAGCGCACACAAAUGACUCAACAGCAGGUGAAGAGGGGGUGGUUAGCUUCAGAGAUUAUGUUCUAGGAAGAAAGCAAAGCAAUGCAUGUGCAGCUGGAUCUGAGGAUGUCAAAAACAUUGAGGAUAUAACAGAAAACCACAGAGAAGAAGCAAGCCAGCUGUCAGAGGCAGAACAGCAAACAAAGUUAGAGAUAGACGCAGCUGAGAACGUAGCUGGUCAACAAAAGACACAAAGCAUAAGGACACUUAGGACAGGUACACAAACAACAUCAGAGAUUGAUGCGGAAAAGGAAACACUUACCCAGGAUCAAUCAAUACAAGAUAUCUGCUCUUUGAAAUACACCCUGAAGGAUGAGAGUCUACAAGAUGAAGACAGAAUAAAUGUUAUAGCACAGACAACCCAGAGAGAAACAGGAGUAAUUCAAGAGACAAAUCAUUUGAAUGAAGAAGAUAUAAGUUCUGCAAAAGCUACACAGAUGAUUCAGAACUCAGAUGAAAUAAAAAUAGAGACACAUAGUCAGUUAAUUAGUGAUUCACUAACGUGCCCAUCCACACAUACAGAUAAACAUUCUGGUUACACUUAGAAGCUAAAAUAAG